AUGAGAAAUGUGGUUUUGAGGCUGAUUAGCAGCUUUGAUACAGCUCUUACAGCCUUAUGGGUUUUCGACUUUUCCUUUUCUUUUUCUUUAACUACUAUUGAUUGGUUCUUGUUAUUCUUCAUUAGUCUUUUCCAGUUUUUCCUCCCACAUAAAUCGAAUGGGGUCUUUUCUUCCCCAGAGUUUGUGAAAUUCCUAGAAACUUUAGGAAGUUUGAGGUUUCCUAUCGGUGUAGGAUCGUUAGGGGAAACAAUGGCAUCUUCCCAGGUUGAGAUCGCAUCGAAUUCUUCUCCAUUUGGGUAUGUUUUGAAGGAUAGAAAUCGAUACAGGACCCGGGAUUCUUCCAAUGCCUUUCAGAAGAAUUUCAAGGACUUGGUUCAUUCUCACCUGAAUUCUUGCAUUUCAGGUCAUUCUAGGAAUUCUGGUUCUGGUAAUAAUUUUAUUGAUUAUACAGAUUUAUGGGUUUACAGUCCGCAGAACAACGAUGAGAAUGACUUUCAUUCUCAGAAUUCGGGGAGUAACUUUAUGUCUGGGAACUCAGAUUCCAAUGAGAAUUCUCAGCCUGAUAUGGAUUACACAGAUUUAUGGGUUCACAAUCCGCAAAGAAAUAACAACGAGAAUGUUAUGAAGAAAACUAAAGCAGGCGAAAAAUGGGAUAAAGCAAGAAAUUUGGCAUCUGAGAGGAAAAUCCAGGAAUCAUCAUCAAGGAACAUUAGGAAACAUGAUGAUGCUUCAUCCGGGCCAGUUUUACCUUCUAAAAGGGGAAAGAGGCAAGAUCAUUUGUCAUCUGGUCCUGUCUCAGCUUCUUCUCCCAGGGGUAGGUUACAGGAAAAUGCAUCAGCAGAAGCGGUUUUAGCUUCUAAUAUUGAAAGGAGCCCAGAAAAUGGUUCAGCUGCAGGUCCCGUUUCGACUUCUCAAAGGGGACGGAACUGGGAAGUUGUAUCAUCACGGCUGUUUCCAAUAUUUCAGAGGAGGAAAAGCCAAGAGGGAACAGUAUCAGGCCCUGAUUCGAGAUCUCAGAGGGAGAAUUCUCCUGAAAUUUCGGUCGAGGUCCCCAGUUCCCGUGGUGUUUCUUCACUUGUGCAGAAGUGGAAAGACAUUGAGGCCGAGGGAAAAAGCUUGAGCGCAACAAACUCACCUGUUUGCACCUCUAGGAGCAAUUCGGUGCAGUUUUUCACGGAUAACGAGUCAGUCACUGAGGCCGUCAGCAGAAGUUCUGAUGCUUGUGAGGAAUUUUUUGAUUUGAGGCCAGCAACUCCAGCAAAGAGUGAGGAUUUGUUUCUUGAUUGGGAAUCUGAUCAGACGGGAUUUAGUGGACCGCCUUCAGUGAGGAGUAGAGAUUCUGAUGCUACAGAGAAAGAUAAGACCAGAGUUGCAGAUAUCAUAAAAAAACUGAGCUCCAAUGGUGAAAAUCAUAAUGAUCUUAACCAUCAAUCACUGCCUCGUGUUCGAACAUCAGUCGAUAAGCCAGACCUAAGAACUUUCUCUCCUGUUGCUUGUACACCUCGGAUUAGAGGGCGUCAAGCGUUUGCUGAUGUAUUGAUGCAUAUGGAGCGAGAUAGGCUAAGAGAGCUCGAGGGGCUUGCUGAUAGCAAAGCUGUUUCAAGAUUUUCGCACAAAGGCCGGAUUCAGGCUAUGCUUCGGCUUAGAUUCUUGCGACACGGAGGUGGAGGAAAAGAUGCUCGGCACACUAUUUCUAUGCCCUCUGGAUCAAGUAGAUUUGCCCAAUCUGCCAUUUCACAUUUAAGGCAGAGGUUUGAUGAAGGAGUUCAUCUUAAUGAUACUGAUUCCAGGAGUCAACAAGGGGAAGAGUUUGUAGAAAAAGUCCAACAGGAGAAGAAGUUUUCUGCGACAAAUCAGCAGAUAGAAGAGAAUCAUCAUAAAGAACUUACAGCACAAACAAAAUCUCUGAAUGUGUCAGAUGACAAUUUAGAUGCACAAAUAGUUAUCAGAACCAAUGCAGUUGUAGAUUUUAAUCACCAGGAUCCCAACACAGUGGUGCAACAGAAUGACUGCCAGCAAGAGGGGUCUGAAAUUCUCCAUCAAGAAGAUGAUUCAACCUCAGAUUUCACACAGCAAGAGAUGAAUUCAGAAUGCAGAAACAAUAAAAGGCAUGGAUUCACACUAGAAGAACCUUCUGUAAAAAAUAACCUAGGGAGUGAAUGUUCGGAGAUAGAAGAGUGUAAAAACAAGCAGCUCACAGGAAACAGCGAUGAGUAUAUGGAUGCAAUUGAUGAAGAAGCUCAAGGAGAUUAUUUGGAAGAGGCACAGAGCCAGCAGAAUUUAGAAAGUCAUUGUAGCCAGGAGGCUUAUGGUUCUCAUCCUUGCAAUGAAUGGGAAGAAAUAGAGGAUUACUAUGAGCCACAAGAAGAAAGUAACCAAGACUGGAUAUGGGAUGUUUCUCGCCCACGUAGUACUUGGGAAGAUCUCAGACAGGCAAGAUACCAGGAAAUGCUUGAUCCUUUCACGGAGAAUGAUGACAUACGCGAACUCCUUAAGAGAAAAAGUGUUUCAAGUUUCCUUUCGAGUGGUUUGAAAGAUAGCAUAGACCGGUUGAUGAUGUCUCGCGUGCAGCAACCACAAAGUCCAACAGUCAGCAGGGUAAAAAGAGACGAAGGAACAGAUUAUGUGGUAGAAAGAGAAGAAGCACAGAAUGUGGAAGUGGAAGAAGAACAACAAAAGGAAUUUGAUGAAGGCCAAUUAGAAAAUGAAGAAAAGAUACAAAGCAAGACUGAUGAAUGUGAAAAGGAUAAAGAAGAGGAGAUUCAAAGUGAAAAGGAAUGCAAUGCGUCUAAUGAUGAUGCUCGACAAGCAACUUCAUCCGACGACAAUGAAGAAGAUUAUUUCGGGUCACCUUCAUUUCCACCUUCCCAAGAAUCUCACACAUUCAAUUCUUCCUCCCCUGAAACUCAGCCCAGCUCUUCCUUCACAAAUCAUCCUUCAAUAGAAAUGCAGUUCAUGUAUGAGAUGAGAGGGAACAUGGAGCAACUCCAUCAGGAGAUUUCAGAACUAAGAAGAUCACUAAAGAGCUGCAUUAGCAUGCAGAUGAAAUUGCAAAAGUCAAUGACACAGGAUGCAUCAAAUUCUCCACGUCAUUCAGGUCGGUUAUAG